UAAAUUGGAAUAAUCUCUCAUACGGAAGUUUUGUACUUUGCACUGCAUGAAGUAAGAUGCGACAAAAUGGCUGAUUUGUCCAGAAUCUUCUGGCUAAACACUGUUUUCGCUACAGUUCUUUCUUUCUGCCUUUAGCCUCUUUGACAGAAAAUCUUUGGGCUCGGGAGGUCCCAGAAAAGAAACCGACUGUUCUGACAAUUUCUAACAGGAUCUUAUCCCGCAUAUUCACUGGUGAAGUCAAGCACUAGGCCGCAAGGGCGCCAGGCGGUAUGGAAGAGCUCAAAGACGCGCCUACAGAAAAUUAUGUCUUGGCAGCUGAGAUUUUGCUCCUACUUCCUCAAUUGAAGCUCAAGCACGGCAAGAACUAGUUCGACGUCAUGGCAGCUGAAACGUUCUUCAAGAUUUUCCUGCUGCCCUUUGCUCUUGCGGCAUUAAUGCCCUCUGCCGCUGCAGCUAAUACAGAUCCAGGAGAUGUCCGAGCGUUAAACGCGUUACAUAAGAGUCUUAAAGACACCGCUGGAAGGCUGCAGUCCUGGAAUAAUGGAGACCCUUGCAAUGACUACUGGGAAGGCAUCAUAUGCAGCGAUUCGGAUCUCUCAAACAGGACGAGUCGAUCGGUGCUUGAAAUUCACUUGAUGAACUGUAAUCUAACGGGAACUAUAGCUCCGGAAGUCGGCGACAUGGCCAACCUUCAAAUCUUAAACCUCAUGUGGAACGGUAUAACUGGAACCAUACCCGCCAAUCUUGGCAAUGCUGGAAACCUCGAGUUGCUAUUGUUGAAUGGCAACAAGUUAACCGGGACAAUUCCUGAAGAAAUUGGCAAUCUGAUGAAAUUGAACCGGUUCCAGAUUGACGAGAACCAAAUCUCAGGGAGUAUACCCUCUACGUUUGGCAAUCUUGUUUCCAUAAAGCACCUGCAUAUGAACAAUAACUCUUUGACCGGUAUCAUUCCUCCUGAACUAGGCCGGCUUCCAACUCUCUUCCACAUUCUCGCAGACAAUAACAAUCUCAGCGGACCGCUGCCUGCGGAACUGUCAAACGUCGCGAGCAUGCAAAUCAUUCAGCUUGACAACAACAACUUUGGCAAUGCAUCAGUUCCUCCAUCAUAUGUCCAGAUGAAAAAGCUUUUGAAAUUGAGUAUGAGAAAUUGCAACCUUGGAGGAAUGCUUCCUGACAUCCGUGGAUUUGAAAGUUUGGAAUAUCUUGACGUGAGUGGUAACAGCAUGGGGGGCAAUAUUUCACAGUCGGUUCUACCUCCGAAUGUAACAACGAUAAACCUGGCAAACAACAAUUUUGGCGGACAGCUUCCUUCGUCGCUAGCUCACGGUUCCAAGCUCCAAGCCUUGCUGCUGCAAAACAAUCAGCUGAGCGGUUUAAUUCCUAUUGACUUCGUCAAUCGUAACGUUACUUCUCAAAAGUUUAUCUUAGAUCUCAGGAACAACUUGCUUACUGGGUUUGACGGGGAUUUUGAUGGCAACGUCGAUGCUAAUAUGUCUAUCAGCCUGAGCGGAAACUCGCGAGUUUGUACUCGAAACAGCCUGCCAACGCUCUGUUCCCCAGAACCUCCUGCUCUGCAGCAGAUUGACACGGUUCGAGACAAUGUUACGAACGUUUGCACAUCGCAGACUUGUAGUACCGGAAGCGAGAUGAUUCCGGCCUUGGCUUAUGACGGCAAGUGCAGGUGUGCUGCUCCAAUUCAGGUGCAAUGCCGCUUGAAGAGUCCUGGCUUCACUUUCUUCUCAUUGUACCGUCAACUUUUCUCGGAUUACUUGGCAAGCAAUCUAAGUUUGCUACCGAGCCAGGUGUUCGUCGACCAAUCUCUAUGGGAACCCGGCCCGAGGCUCUUCAUUCUCGUGAAAAUAUUUCCUCCGGCGACCACCGAUGCACCUAGAGACAGGGAGUUAAACUCUUCGGAAGUUCUACGAGUUUAUGAGAGGUUCGCCGGGUGGAAGAUCAGAGACAGUCCGAUUUUUGGCCCUCGCGAGCUGAUUGCAUUCAUUGCCCCUGGCAACAUAGACAUUUUUGGAUCUAGCUCUGGAGGCAAAAAGAAACACUUUUCCAAGGCUGUCCUCGCUGGAGUUUUGGUUGGUGCUGUCCUAGCCACUGCACUAGUCGUGGGAUUCAGUGCCUUUAAGUGUGCUUCGAGGCGUCGGUUCCUGGUAUCACCAUCGAAGAAAAGCCUUCGUAAGCUUAGCAGAGGCACAACAUCUGUCAAGAUUGACAAUGUGAAGGCCUUUACUUUUCAUGAGAUGGGAGUGGCAACGGAUUCAUUCAGUGAAGCACGACAAAUUGGCAAAGGUGGCUACGGCAAAGUUUACAAGGGAAUUUUGGACGACAAGCAAGUGGUUGCUAUAAAACGGGCGGACGAGGAGUCUCAUCAAGGGGAGACCGAGUUCUUCACGGAAAUCGAGCUUUUAUCGCGCAUCCACCAUCGAAACCUCGUCUCUCUCGUCGGCUUCUGUCUCGAUGGCCAAGAACAGAUGCUUGUGUAUGAGUAUAUCGGAGGAGGGAAUCUUUCUUCUCGCCUCGUUGAAAAACCUCCAUUGAACUUCAAAAGGCGUGUGUACAUAGCGCUGGGAGCUGCGAGGGGCAUCAUGUAUUUGCACACUGAAGCUGAGCCCCGGAUAAUUCACAGGGACAUCAAAGGCACAAACAUUCUCAUCGGAGACAGGGACAAUGCGAAAGUGGCCGACUUUGGCUUGUCAAAGCUUGCUCCGGAGGAGGACGGCGAUGGCGUUUUUGGCCAGCUCUCAACCGUAGUGAAGGGAACUCCGGGGUACCUGGAUCCUGAAUACUUCCUGACACGGAAACUGAGCGACAAGAGUGACAUCUACAGCUUUGGAGUUGUCAUGCUGGAGCUGGUCACGGGAAGGCAAGCAAUCUCGCACGGGAAAAACUUAGUCAGAGAGGUUCGAGGUGCUUAUGAAGCUGGAGUAGCCUUGUCAAUCGUGGAUCCGCUCAUGGGACCAUAUCCGUCGGAAGCCAUGGAGCCAUUCGUGAGGCUAGCGCUGACAUGCUGCGCGGACAAUCCAGACGAGCGGCCUUCCAUCCGGGGGGUGGUCCGAAACUUGGAAGACAUAUGGAAGGCAAUGGCGAGCUGGGCUUACUCGUUCGACGACGAUCACAGCCAGCCACUGGGGACCAAAGCCAAGUCGGGCGGGUUUGAUGUGUCCGAGGGUGAUGCCGUGGCUGGAUCGUCGUCGUCCGCCAGGAUCGACGAGCUCGACGUACUCUCGACGAACAACAUCGAGCUCGUGGCUCCAAGAUAAGCUGAUGGAAUACUUAUACUUGACAUCAUUGCUAUGAAAAUAAAUCCUGGCCAUUGAAGGCGAUCA